AUGCAGGCGGCGAGCACCGAGUUUAUGUGGCCGACGGCGUGGGCGUGGAUCCGGCAUCCGCGGGUCGCCUUGGACGUUGCCUUCCAGCCAUCCUGCGAAUCGGAGGCUGAGGAUUCGCCGGCGGCGCGGCCGCUGUCCGCCGCCGUGGCGAGCGCCGCGUGCGACGGCGCGGAGGCCAUCGGCCGCACCAUGCUUUCCUGCUUUGGAGAGCACAUGAUCGACUACCGGCUGCGCGGCGCCAGCUUUGCUGCCGCCGACGCCGAGUGGGAGGCGGCGAACAAGCCGGGCUUCCGGUACGGGCUUGGCGGCAAGCACAUGCGCAGCGACGCCGCCUCGUCGCAGCUGGCCUCCGCGCCCGACGGCCACUUCCUCAACCGGUAUUGCACAUCGGCGAUCAUGGAGGACAAGGCACGCACCAGAGAGAAGCUCCACCGAAUAGAUUCCUCCCCCGCCACUCUCGCUUCCGGUCCCACGGCUGCCGCCACGCUGGCCCGUGCCCGCGCAGAGCUCGCGGAGGUGUGGGCGGCGCUCAUGUGCUACGCCCUCACCCUUUCGACCGAGCCGCUGCGCGCAAAAGGGAGGCUGCUGCAAAAGCGCGCCGCUGAGCUCUGCCCGCUCCUCAACGACGCGUGGUGGGAGUCCGUCUACACGGCGCAGGCGACGCGUCAAAAUUUGUGGGAGCGACACGCGUCGCCCGACAACGGGACCAUCUAUCACCACUAUUUGACCGGCGAGGUGCGAACGGAGGCGGACCCGCCCGAGGGCUGGUCCAUCGAUAGCGCGUGACGUGCGCUCGGGCGGGGCCGUCUGAGGGCAGCGUCCGGUCCAUGGAGAGCGGUGGCACUGGCAAUCGCCGGUCGCAGUGCGGUGUGUGGACACGUGAUGCGCCACAAGGCGAGCCGCGCGAGCGGGAGCGCGUGUCCGCGCACUCCCGUAGCCCGGUCGAACACCCCGGGUCGCGAUUUUGGGAAGUGAAUACGGGGGCUUUUUUAUGAUGAAAUAAGAAUCUAAUGCC